AUGGAUGAAGAAGGCGAGAAGGAAGGAAGCAGUGACAAAAGCAAACACUUGCCCGGAAACAAACAAACAAAAAAAGCAACGAAAGAUGACAAUGUGAAUCAGACAUUGUCGACCAUCAGAAUCAAAAAAACGGGUAGAAGAAGAACUUCUAAGUUUGAAAAUAUUCCGGAGCAUCAUCGUUUCUUCCCCAUUGCCUGUGUGGCGCAAUUAAUGCGAAAUGCGCUUCCACCAUCCGCAAAAGUGACACAAGAUGCGAAGGAAUGUGUGCAGGAGAUUGCUUCUGAAUUCAUCUUAUUCAUCUCAUCGGAAGCCUCCGAUUGCUGCAGGGCUGACGGCAGGGACGUAAUAACUUAUGAAGAUAUCCUGGAAGCAAUGCAAGCGCUGGGCUUCGACAACUACGUCGAACCGCUGAGCAUAUACAUGAAAAAAUAUCGUGAAGCAUUUCCGGGCAAAAACAAAUCUCUUAGGCUAGCGAAUUUCGUCCCGCACCUCCACAAUCCAAAUGUAAACGACUCCAGUGGAUCUACCAAACAGAAUAAUAAUUUUGCGCGAAAGUUAGUUCCUCUUGCGCCAAAAACUGCCGCACUGGAUGAUGACACAGACUUGAGCAAUUCUGUGCCAGAAGUACCACAGAAUAUACAUUUUAUGGAUACAACAACAGGACAACAGCCCUUCCAGAUGCCGAGUCCUGGUGAAACAUCGCAACUCAUUCCUAUCCGGCCAUCCGUAGUGAUAGAUUCCAUUACCAAUGGGCAGAAUCAAGAAGCGGGUGAAUUUACCAGCCAGAAUGGUGAUUGUGCUCCAGAUUCAAGCCCUCUUGCACCAAAAAGUACCGCACUGGCUGGUGACAUAGACUUGAGCAAUUCAGUGCCGGAAAAACUACAGAAUGUACAUUUUAUGGAUACAACAACAGGAGAACACUCGUCUCAGCUGCCGAGUCCUGGUGAAACUUCGCAACUCAUUCCUAUUCGGCCAUCCACAGUGAUAGAUUCCAUUAUCAAUGGGCAGAAUCAAGAAGCGGGUGAAUCUAUCAGCCAGGAUGGUGAUUGUGCUCCAGAUUCAAGCCCUCUUGCACCAAAAAGUACCGCACUGGCUGGUGACAUAGACUUGAGCAAUUCAGUGCCGGAAAAACCACAGAAUGUACACUUUAUGGAUACAACAACAGGAGAACACUCGUCUCAGCUGCCGAGUCCU